AUGCAGCUGCGACACCUGAAAUACUGGGCCUUACUCCUCGUGUCAACCUCGAUCACCGCCCAUGGUCAAGAGCAGUUUGAUCCACGAGAGGCCACAGUAGCUUCAGUUCACAAUGCAUUGUAUUCUGGCGAGAGCUGUCGCAACAUCGUAUCUGCCUUUUUGUCGCGUAUCGAAGCGUUAGACCAUGAGCACAUCAAUUCCAUAAUAUCUCUGGAUCCGGAUUCUCUUUCGAUUGCAUCACAACAAGACGCACUGUUCGCUUCCAAGAAUGCCACAAUAGGACCGCUGUUCUGUGUACCCGUGCUUCUGAAGGACAAUCUUGAUACUGCGUCUUUGCCAACUACCAGCGGAAGCCUUGCUCUGGCUGACUCGAGACCUUCGAUUGAUGCUGCGGUUGUCAAGGCGCUCAAGGAUGCAGGUGCCAUCAUCUUGGGCAAAACAAAUCUACAAGAACUCGCCUUGGAAGGAAUAUCGGUCUCCUCUCUUGGUGGUCAGACCAUAAACCCCUACGAUGCCGACAGAACUCCGGGCGGAUCGUCAGGGGGCAGUGGUGCCAGCAUUGCUGCAUCCUUCGCCGUGUUCUCCCUGGGUACAGACACGAUAAACAGUGUACGUAGUCCAGCAAGCGCGAACAGCCUCUUCGGGCUGCGUCCAACAAGAGGCCUCGUUUCGAGAGCUGGGGUCGUCCCAAACUCUCACACACAAGACGCCGUUGGGCCCAUCGCGCGAUGCGUUGAGGAUCUUGCUAUCGCUCUUUCGGCAAUUGCAAGCUCGCAGCUGGACCCUGAAGACAACAGUACUGCACUUGUACCUGAAGGUAUCCGUGGAACGGAUUACUACAGGGAUCUUGCUUCAAGCUCUCUAAGUGGUAAGACGAUCGGGGUUCUUGAAACAUUCUUUGACCGUACCAUGACCAACGAGACUGAGCCCGUAAACGAUGCUUUGGACUCGAUGAUCUCGAGAUUGCAAGAAGCCGGCGCCAGGGUUGUACAAAUCGACGACCCCAUGUACAACGUGAAUGCCAUACUCGCGUCUUGUGAGACUCAGAGGUUCGAGCUGAGGCAAGAAGUGGACCAGUACCUUGCAAGGGCAAGCCUCAAGGGGCAACACCCUGCAACUCUUCAAGACCUCUACAGCGAGGGCAAUUCUUAUCUUGUGCUGCCUCAGCAGUACGGUUUCAUCAAGGCUGUGUUGAAAGGCAGUACACAAGAUCUUGAGUAUGAAGCAGUGUUGAACAACAUCAAAGAUCUGACCAUGCAUCUGCAUGACACCUUCAAAACGAAUCAUUUGGAUGCAAUCAUCUACCCACAGCAGAGGAACCUUCCAGUGAGGAUUGGAGCCGCAUCCCAACAUGGACGCAACGGAAUAUUGGCUGGAGUGACUGGCUUCCCUUCACUGGCGCUUCCUGCAGGCUUCAGUUCAGCUACCGAGACAGCCGCGAUCGGUAUUCCUAUUGGUCUCGAACUGAUGGGCUUACCAUGGACAGAAGCUAAGCUGCUACAGAUGGCGCACGAGAUCCAAGCUCUGACGCAGAUCAGAAAGCCUCCUGUGUGGGCUGGCCGGCACAUACCUGUUCGAGACUAUGCGACUGUACCUAGCGUCAUGCCAAAGGGUGCCAACAGCAUCCCGCCGGCUUACCCGCUUGGGGUUCUUCUGUAG